AUGUCUGGAUACCACUCGAAGGUUGCCAUCCAGGACGGUCAAUUCGCUAUCACUGGUGGCUUUGCAAUGCGCGUUUACGGCAGCACCCGUCAGACUUUCGACGUAGAUAUGUGUGUGAAACCAGAACCUGGAUAUGCUCCACUCCUCCGAGCAAUGCUACAGUCUCCAAGAAUUACUCUACCCUCGUCGAAGUUUAUCGGAGCGGUUUUGCGAUGCUACGUCGAAACAGGCCCAAGCAUUGGCGACAAUACCCAAACGGAUAGGGCUGUCAAGAUGGAUAUCAUGAUAAACGGGUUUCUUCUUCCUCGCUUCACGCACCAUACCAUGAAGCUGACAACCAACGCGCAAAAAAUCUGUGUUCUCGACCGCCAGUGCUUGCUCAAAAACGGAAUUCGAGAAUAUAAGCAUAGGCUCGACCAGGAAGACGUUGAAUACUUCAUCGACGAAGGCCUAGUGCCUACUGAAUCGCAGGCAACAGUCCAGCAGACUAAGCGCAUCUUGAUGCUCACCGGGCCUCCAUCACCGUCUUCCGCUUAG